CGAAGCUAGCUGCGCGCCCAGCGGUUUGUUUUUCGGAGCGUUCCUGAGGUGGAGAACAGUGGCCGGACAGAGCGACUUCUGGACUUCGGGACUGGCGGGCGGGCGGGCCGAGCGGCGCCGCCGAGGCCGGGCUGGGCCGAGCCGGGGAGCUCCGGGGAUGUAGCGGGCCACCCUGCUCAUGCCACAGCGCCCGGCCGCGGCCGGAGCCGGAGCCUGGGGAGGCGGCGGGGGCCCCGAGCGCAGCCAGCGCAGCUCGCGGCCCCCGAGCGGAGCCAGGCCCGCUGCCGUCCCCGCCGCCUGCUCCCCCGGCAUGCAGCCCAGGCUGCGGAGGUGACACUUCGGGACUGUAGCCGCCGCCGCCGCCAUCGCCACCAUGGAUGAACAGGAGGCAUUAGACUCUAUCAUGAAGGACCUGGUGGCCCUUCAGAUGAGCCGACGUCCCCGGGUAUCUGGAUAUGAGACCAUGAAGAACAAGGACACGGGUCACCCAAACAGGCAGAGUGACGUCAGAAUCAAGUUUGAACACAAUGGGGAGAGACGAAUUAUAGCAUUCGGCCGGCCUGUGAGAUAUGAAGAUGUGGAGCACAAGGUGACAACAGUAUUCGGGCAGCCUCUUGAUUUACAUUACAUGAAUAAUGAGCUCUCCAUCCUGUUGAAAAACCAAGAUGAUCUUGAUAAAGCAAUUGACAUUUUGGACAGAAGCUCAAGCAUGAAAAGCCUUAGGAUACUACUGUUAUCCCAAGACAGAAACCAUUCCAGUUCCUCUCCCCACUCUGGAGUGUCCAGGCAGGUUCGGAUCAAGCCUUCCCAGUCUGCAGGGGAUGUAAAUACCAUCUACCAAGCUCCUGAGCCCAGAAGCAGGCACCUCUCUGUCAGCUCCCAGAACCCUGGCCGAAGCUCUCCUCCACCUGGUUAUGUACCUGAGCGACAACAGCACAUUGCCCGGCAGGGAUCCUAUACGAGCAUCAACAGUGAAGGCGAAUUCAUCCCAGAGACCAGUGAGCAGUGUAUGCUAGAUCCCUUGAGCAGUGCUGAAAAUUCCUUGUCAGGAAGCUGCCAAUCCUUGGACAGGUCAGCAGACAGCCCAUCCUUCAGGAAAUCACAAAUGUCCCGAGCCAGGAGCUUCCCAGACAACAGAAAGGAAUGCUCAGAUCGGGAGACCCAGCUCUAUGAUAAAGGAGUCAAAGGUGGAACCUAUCCCAGGCGCUACCAUGUGUCUGUACACCACAAAGACUACAACGAUGGCAGAAGAACAUUUCCCAGGAUACGGCGGCAUCAAGGCAACCUGUUCACUCUGGUGCCCUCAAGUCGCUCCUUGAGCACAAAUGGCGAGAACAUGGGUGUAGCUGUGCAAUACCUGGACCCCCGAGGGCGCCUGCGGAGUGCAGACAGCGAGAAUGCCCUCUCCGUGCAGGAAAGGAAUGUGCCAACCAAAUCUCCUAGUGCUCCCAUUAAUUGGCGUCGGGGGAAGCUCCUGGGUCAAGGUGCCUUUGGCAGGGUCUAUUUGUGCUAUGAUGUGGACACAGGACGUGAACUUGCUUCUAAGCAGGUCCAGUUUGACCCAGAUAGUCCUGAGACAAGCAAGGAGGUGAGUGCUCUGGAGUGUGAGAUCCAGUUGCUGAAGAACUUGCAGCAUGAACGCAUUGUGCAGUACUAUGGCUGCCUGCGGGACCGUGCUGAGAAGAUCCUUACCAUCUUUAUGGAGUACAUGCCAGGGGGCUCUGUAAAAGACCAGUUGAAGGCCUAUGGAGCUCUGACAGAGAGUGUGACCCGCAAGUAUACCCGGCAGAUCCUGGAGGGCAUGUCAUACCUGCAUAGCAACAUGAUUGUGCAUCGGGACAUCAAGGGAGCCAAUAUUCUCCGAGACUCAGCUGGGAAUGUGAAGCUUGGGGAUUUUGGGGCCAGCAAACGCCUACAGACCAUCUGCAUGUCAGGGACAGGCAUGCGCUCUGUCACUGGCACACCCUACUGGAUGAGCCCUGAAGUCAUCAGCGGCGAGGGCUACGGAAGGAAGGCAGACGUGUGGAGCCUGGGCUGUACUGUAGUGGAGAUGCUGACAGAGAAACCACCUUGGGCAGAGUAUGAAGCUAUGGCUGCCAUUUUCAAGAUUGCCACCCAGCCGACCAAUCCUCAGCUGCCCUCUCACAUCUCAGAACACGGCAGGGACUUCCUGAGGCGCAUUUUUGUGGAGGCUCGUCAGAGACCCUCAGCUGAGGAACUGCUCACACACCACUUUGCACAGCUCGUAUACUGAGCUCUCAAGGCCAUGCUGCUGCCAGCUGCCACCUGCUGAGAAGGCCAGGGGCUGCUGUCAGGCUCAGUGAAGUUGCUGCUUCUUCCAGGCAAGGCUAAGGACAAUGGAGCUUCGGUCCAGCCAUUGUUUAUGCCCCUUCUGUCACUGGGACUCAAAGCCAGGAUGGGAUAGCUGUGGCAUCGAGACUGGGAACCCCAGCCUAUAAGACCCAAGAGCUCCAUCAUCCUAAGCACAAUGCAGAAGGAGAGGGGCUGGGAACCGUAUGUAAGACAGCCAUGGCCUCAAUGUGUCCUAACACUGCAGUCAGCACUGAAGCCAGGAGGGACUGGGGCAGAGGACUUACUGAAGGGUAUGAAUAGUGUUAUUUCAUUCAGAGUGUUAUUUUGAUUCUCCUCCCAAUGUUUGGAGAUUACCAGAGUAUCUCUGGGCUGCAUGAGCCCACUCAAGCCUGAGAUAAAGCCCAGCAUUCCCCAGCCAUCACAAGGUAGGACGUGUGGGCUGCCCUCACUUAGAGCCUCCAGGUUUGGCAGUCCUGUCUUUUACCAAAGAUUGAAGAAGCAAAUGUUACGCUGCCUUAUUCUGGGAAGGAGGAGCCUGCCCCCAUAAGCAGGGCCUGAGAAAUGGAGCUGCCUCCAGUAACUGGGGAAACCCAGUCUUGUCAAUGCAAUUGUCUCUGUUUUACAAGUUGGAGUCACUCUUAUGCUGUUCCCAGUUUCUAAACUGGAGACUUUGCCUCUGAGCUCUGGAGACCCACGUGGGCUUGGGCUUUGGGCUGGGCAAAGCUGAUGGCAUGGCUUCUGGCCUGGCAUCUGUUCCCUUGCUGGAGCAGAGAAAAUAGGCAACACAAAUAAGAGCAUCUGGCUCUGGCCCCAUUGGGCAGUUCAGGAAAAUUCGGAGGGCUGUCUCAGGCUCUCUGCAUCUCAAACCUGUCAGGCCUGAGCCCACUCCUUUGGGUAGAAAGGAAAGCCCUUGUGCCACCACCAACCAUGUCCAAAACCACCAGCUCUGUUCCUUAGCCUGCCUUGCCCAGUUGUGUUCUCAGCCCCAUCCCUUGUUCCUCCCACAAGGGAGGAUGCCAACAGGGGUUGGGGAGACUCCGAGCAGCUUAGAAUCGGCCAUAUUUACCUCAGCCUGGGUGCUGGUCCUUCUUCCAGCCCCUUCCUUCCCCUCCAAAUGUGCCUAUUGCUACAGCUCCUCCCUCCCAACUCCCAUUUCUUAGGAGUUGUCAUUAAAAAAAAAAAAAUUAAAAAAAGCCAGUGCCCAGGGAUGGGCAUCUCCAGGGAGCUGGGGAUUAGCGCCAGGCAGCUCUGCCAGCCAUGCCCACUUCCCCAUGGGCACAGAACAAGCCAAAGCCUUCGUUGUAUGUUGACGAUGCACUUUUAUGAAUGUAGUUUCUAUCGCUGUUUUUAGCCUUUUCACAUCAUGUAAUGUGAGGCCUUGUACUUGUUAAUUUAUAUCUCAGAUCCAUAUUUGAUGGUUUUUAUAUAUAUCAAUUUUAGACUGUUACCGGUGAUGGACUCCUGAAGAGAGAACAGAAAUUGAAAGCAACUGGUUUUGCAGAUUUGUGUGUUGCACGGUGCCAAUUGGGCCUGGACCCUCUGUUUUAUUUCCUUCCCUGGGGGUCUCUGUCAGGCCAUCCUCUAACUGCUCUGAAGCCAGUGAGUAAGUACUGCUUCCACCUUAGCCUUUGCCCAGGGUGGGGACUGGCCCGGCCCCUAUUCUAGACCAAAGCUGCCAAAAGGCAGCUCGGCCUCUCCUUGACCCCAUCCUGAUGGCUGUAGCACCCCUUAGCCUAUCCCCAUCCAAACCCCAAACCCCAAGCGGAAACAGAGCUUGGUGGGCUGACAAGAUGUCUGAUGAGACGACUCUGCUUGUCCCAGGUUCAGGAUCUCACAGAGCCCCCCCACAAGGGGUAUCUUACCUCAGAGGGAAUGUUUCCAAAAAUGACUUCAAAGUAAGCCAACAAAUCCUGCACUCCAAAGAAAAAUAAAGACCCCCCUUUUUUGUGCCAAAAACUGUGGACAUGCUGGUUCAGCAUCCUCAGGGCCAAGCCAUUAAUUUAUUUUUUCUUACUAAUAAAUCCACAUGAGCAGUUGUAGGGCUCUAGGAUGGGCCUGAAGGUUCUGAAGGACGGUCUCAAGCAGCCCUUGCCUGUCGUGCAGAGUGUUAUGCCACCAAUUGUUUGACAUUCCAUGGGGUUUAUCUGCUUUGGCCAGCCCCACAUGGAAGGACCAGGCCUGGGUCAGGUGCAUGCGGCCACCCUCCUGGUCCUCCCACUCACCCAGCUCUGUCUGUGUCUGAAUUGUGGAUUGUGCAGAAGAACCUGCAGCCAUAGUUAUUGAUUAUAUCUCGACUGAGGGCUUGCAGUGCAAAGCCAGGCCAGUGCAUUACUUACAAUAAAAGGGAUCAUUUAUAUCAGAA